UCUUCUAUUCAAAUAGUUAUCAUACCUUACCAACUCCGAAACAUUUCAAUUAUGAAACUUAUUUGCUUCUCAUUUGUCUUGGCUGUAGUGUGUGUUUUGGCCAAUGCCAGUAUCAUUGGACAUCCCGCAACAAUCGAAGUGGAGGAGUCCAGUCCACCACAUUAUGAAUUUCAAUAUGCUGUACAUGACAGCCAUACCGGAGAUAUAAAAGAUCAAUUUGAACAUCGUCGUGGUGAAUACGUAACAGGACGUUAUUCUCUUGUGGAACCCGAUGGUCAUCGUCGUAUUGUUGAUUAUAGCUCUGAUCCCCUAUUGGGUUUCUCAGCACAGGUGCGUCGUGAGUCACCCACUUUGUUGACAGGACAUGCUGUUGUAGCACCAGUAGUCGAAGAAUGGCCUGCACCUACACAUCGCCGUUAAAAAGAAAUUCAAAAAAAUUUCUAGGAAAAAAAAUUAAAGCAAAACAACAACAACAAACAAACAUCAUCACAAGACAAAAAUAACAGAUUUGUAAUUUUCGAACAUUAACAAUAAUAUUUUAUUUACAAUUUGUUUUGUUUUUAUUUUAUCUCUUGCUCUCUUACUUUCUAUCUCUUUAAAAUACUCUUACAUUACAUUACAAUACAAUAAAUAAAUACAUAGUAAUUUUACUACAAUCAUACAUACAA